GUGCUUUUCAGUGGGAACGAUUAGAAGAAGAUAUAAAAAAGAAGUUGAAGGAUCCAGAAAAAACUGACCAUGUGCUUGAGAAAGUUAAAUGUAUCCUGAAAACUCCAGGGAAGCUAAACACUAUAAAGGACUGCAGAUCUCACCAGAUAAAACGGCUGUAUAAUACUUCUCUCAGGCUGUUCUUUAAUACGCCUGUCCUAGCUGAUGUCAUCUUCAAAAUACAAGGUGCAACUGUACCAGCCCACAGAGCAGUUCUGGUAGCUCGCUGUGAGGUAAUGGCAGCUAUGUUUAAUGGUAAUUAUCUAGAAGCAAAUAGUAUUCUGGUUCCAGUGUAUGGGGUUUCCAAAGACACUUUCCUCUCCUUUCUAGAGUAUCUUUAUACCGACUCCUGCUGCCCAGCCAGUAUUCUCCAAGCUAUGUCUCUCUUGAUCUGUGCAGAGAUGUACCAAGUAAUGAGACUCCAGCAUAUUUGUGAGCUUUACAUUAUCACGCAGCUUCAGAGCAUGCCUAGCAGGGAACUGGCAUCCACAAGUCUCAGUAUUGUUAGCUUACUCAAAAAAGCUAAGUUUCACAAUUCUGAUUGCCUUUCAACUUGGCUUCUUCAUUUUAUUGCCACUAACUACCUCAUCUUCAGUCAAAAGCCUGAAUUUCAAGAGCUUUCAG